UUAGAGGGGUUGAGAAUGUAUAGGGGGAAGGUAAAGACGAAGAUGGUGCAAUGCAAGAGGAGGAGGUGGCAUAUGAGCAUGAGCAUGAGCAGAGGGAUGAUGGUUCAGUGCAACAACACUAAUAACAACGUGUGCAACUGCAAGCACUCUCCCUCGGCCACCUUAGACCUUCUAAUCCUCCUCCUGGUCCUCUUCUCCGGCGCCUUCCUCCUCUCCUCCUACCUCUGCUACAUCUUCAACUCCCUCUCCCUCCUCCUCCCCUCCCUCCCCCUCUCCUACCUCCUCCCCUUCCUCCUCUUCUUCUCCCUCUCCCUCGCCGCCUUCUUCUGCGGCUCCCGAUCCCGCCGCUGCCAGCGCCAGGGAUGCAAGGGCCUCAAGAAGGCCAUGGAGUUCGAUUUGCAGAUUCAGCGCUUCGGCUCCUCCUCCGCCGAAAUCGAUAAGCUCCCCUGGAAGGGCGGCACUGAGGCCAACCCCGAUUACGACUGCCUCAGGUCCGAGCUCAGGAAGAUGGCUCCCCCUAACGGCCGUGCGCUUUUGCUCUUCCGGGCGCCCUGUGGCUGCCCCGUCGCCAAACUCGAGGCCUCCGGUCCCAAAAAGGGCAAACGCCAUAAGAGGACCCCACCCAGUGCGACUCUUAAUGGAGGAGGAGAUCAUCGUUGAUUGACUGUCAUGUUUCCCCCGCUGGCAUCUCGUUCUCAUUCUCAUUCUCAUCAUUUACUGCAAAACUUCUGAUCAGAACCAUUUUUUAAGAAAGAAAAAUAGCAAUCAGGUCUAAAAAAUCCUUCCUCAUAUAUCUGCAUUAUCUAGUAGUCUAUAAACUUUGGAAGGAUCGUACAGAAUUAACUGCAAUAAAUAUGUGAUUCGUCAUCGAGCCAUUUCAUUUAUUAUAGAUGUCCUAAAAUUGCUGACUUCA